UACGGCGAGCGCUUCUGCCUUCUCCCACACCAUCUGGUUGUCUUCAAGGACACAAUAACCACACGGCAAGAUGUGCAAAGGAUUAGCAGCCUUACCGCACACAUGUCUGGAGAGAGCCAAAGAGAUCAAGACAAAAUUAGGCACGCUCCUCCAGAAGCCAGACUCGGCUAUUGACCUGAUUAUCCCUUACCCAGAGAAGCCGGUAAAGGUUCAAAAGCCUUCCCCAGAAGAAGUUUGGCAGUGGCGCAAUUCCUUGGAAAAGCUCCUUCAAAACCCUUAUGGCCUUGCCAGCUUCCGGACUUUCCUCCAAUCUGAAUUCAGUGAAGAGAACAUUGAAUUCUGGAUUGCAUGUGAAGAUUAUAAGAAGACCAAACUGCCUACCAAAAGGGCUGAAAAGGCCAAAAAGAUCUAUGAAGAGUUUAUCCAAAGCGAGGCUCCUAAAGAGGUGAAUAUUGACUAUUUCACCAAGUCAGUGGUCAUGAAGAACCUGGUGGAACCAUCUGUAAGCACUUUUGACCUGGGCCCAGAAGAGAAUCUUCAUGCUGAUGAGAAGGAUUCCCUGCCCAGAUUUGUGCGAUCCGAUUUAUAUGAAGAGUUAGUAAAGUAGCAAUGUGGCGAGCUGUGCAAGGCACUGGUACACCAGCACAGGGUCAUUGCUUCCUCCACUCACUAGUAAUCAACAUGUGUAUUUAUAUGGAUAGUUGCUUUGCUUUGUAUUUAUUCCAGGCUUUGAAAACUCAAAGUCUGUGUUGUUAAACAUAGCAACCAUGCUAUACUGUUUUGGUUUUUAUUUAACCUCCUUACCCUCCUUUUUAUCUCCGCUACUCAACGUUGCUGGCAUAAAAUUGGCUUAGAUUAUGCCAACCAAAAAUAUGACACCAAUUAUUUAUCUGCAAAAAACCGAAUUGUUUGUAUGACCUUCUGUCUGCGUUGAUAUCAAGUUUGUAGAAUCAAGGACAAACCAGAUUUUAGAAUCUUAGGGAUAUACCAUCUGUCCUAAAAAGAAUUCUGACUUGGGUAGCCUAAAAGCAUUGUUCAGUUAGCAAGUUAGUAAUCAGAUACACGAUAUACACAUAGUUUUCAAUCCAGGUGACAAAUAUAUGUUAUUGCCACUGAUAAGCAAUCACAGGUUAACCAGUAACUUCACAGUGUCAUAGACAAAACAAAGGAGAAAGCAACAUGUAUUAAAGAAGGAAACAUCAAGCCUCCAUGUGUCCACACAUCAGUCAUAGCUAUGGAAAGAUAGAAAACAGCACGACUUAGUCAAGGGAAUACAAAACAAAAAUACAGCCAUAAAAAUAAUGUUGUUUGCUUGUUAUAUCCUCUCAGUGAACUGUGUUUCAUAUUACUAUCAGAAAUAAUUCUCUCACAAGAUUUUAACUCAACAAUUUAACAGGUAAGCAUCUCAUUUGACUGCAUCCAUUUCUGAUAACAGAAAUAUCAGCAUUUGCUACAUAAAUUAAGGAAAUAUUUAACAACAUAUCCCUCAAAUGAACCGAGUUACCUUAAUAUGAGAAUCCUUGGAUUAUAUUUGCAGUUUCUUGGCAAGAAAGUGAUGAUUUGGGAUUAUGAAAAAAAAAACCCUAAAGUUAAAGAUAUGCGAAAGAGCAAUUAUAUUUACUGGAAUUAAAUAAUACCUGAUGAGAAUUAAGCGGUUGAUCAAAAUCCUGGGCUGAUUUGUUACUAAAAGAGCAGCUUGAUAAAAAAAUCAUAAAUUGAUAGAUACCCUUACAACUAGCAGACAGUAGACAUCCUACAAUAAUGAAACAGUUACAAUAUUCAUUUUUAAAUAAAAAAGUCUCUUCACAGAAGCUGAAGAAUGUUGAUUUGGACAAUUUGUCACCCAUCAAACUAAAUGCAUUCCACUAAAAUUUGUCCACUACUUCAUUAAAUCUUCUAUUUUUGCAAAUGUAAUCAGUCAAUAAAACCAGAUUUUAAGCUUCCUAGGGAAUAAACACAGUUUAGGGGAUUUCAGGUUGUGAAAGUUCUAUCCAUUAUUAAAUAGAGAAUAUUCAUCUUGGAAUAGCAGUGAUGGAUUCAGAAUCCAUUCUGCAAGGCUAAGGAUGUGAGAUAAAUUCAAACCCUGGGCUAAAUGGCUAUUACUAAAAUAUUUAGGGAAGGGGUAGACUGAGAAUAAAUCAGCGUAGCUGCCAAAACAGUAUGACUUGUUUAACAACCCAGACCUUUACCUCUCUUAUCUAUUCUUUCAGUAUUAAAUUUAUAAGUGUUAUAUUUUUAUAAUGGCCCUGCACAAAUUCCAGUGCCUAUGCACAGCUUUAAAUAACCUCCCUGAAUUACGAUAAAAAUAUUUAAGCCGAACCUGUCUAUAGCACACUUCCCAAAGUAUUAUUAACCACACACUUUAACCACAAUAUUUAAAUCUUCUUGUAAUAUAUGUACUAGUAAGAUCAAGGUAUUUAGCCUGCAGUGACAUGAUAGAAAAGGCAUCCAGAUAGAGUUGAAAAAAAAUGCAUUAAAAAAAUUAGACCAAUUGUACUAGUUUAAAAAACCAGUUUACAGUCAAAGCCUCUUACUUUGAAAAAUAUCAGUCAACC